GCCGCCCACCCGUGCAUGGCCCCCUCCUCCUGCUUCUCCUCCUCCUCAGUGCAAUGCGCUCCUUGAGCUCUCCACUCAACUCCGCACUGUAGUAUAUAGCGUCUCUUCUCUCCUAUAAUUCCCCGUUAAUUGCUAAUUAUCGCCAAGACGUUUUAAUGUCCCGAACGGAAAAGCGCUUCCUGCGAUGGCCGUGUCCCAUAAAGCUGCUCUGGGCCGAACGCUGAUGCUGGCGCUCGCGCUCCUCUCACCUGCCUUCACUGUGUUGUGCAACGACAUCCUUGGCCUGAAGGUGGCAGGAGAUCCAGUUUUGACCCCCAAUGCAGUGUGUUUAAGACUGGCAGGCUUGAGUAAGCGCCAGAUGAGGUUGUGCGUCCGGAACCCCGAUGUGACGGCCUCUGCCUUACAGGGCAUACAAGUGGCCAUUCACGAAUGCCAAUACCAGCUCAAAAACCAACGCUGGAACUGCUCUACACUGGAGAACCAUGGCAAGGUGCCACACCAAAGCACCAUCCUCAACAGGGGUUUCAGGGAGAGUGCCUUCUCCCUGGCUCUGCUAGCAGCUGGUGUGGCUCAUUCUGUUGCUUCAGCCUGCAGUAUGGGCAAGCUGCGUGGCUGUGGCUGUGAUGCUAAGCGCCGAAUAGACGACGACAAAAUCCGCCUCAAGUUAACUCAGCUGCAGCUACAGACACUGCAGAGGAAUGGGUUAAAGCAUGCACCUGAGUUUAAAACAAACCACAGUAAGCUACCCUCUUACCUGCACUCCUCCCAUCCCGGGACUGUCCUCAAUCCAGAGGAACUCACAACACUGCAGGAGACCUGGGAGUGGGGAGGCUGUAGCCAUGACCUUCGCUUUGGUGUCCGCUUUUCCAGGGACUGGUUGGACUCCAGAGGUUCAUCUCGUGAUAUACAUGCCCGAAUGAAGAUGCACAACAAUCGAGUUGGCAGGCAGAUAGUGACAGACAACAUGAAAAGGAAGUGCAAAUGUCAUGGCACCUCAGGAAGCUGCCAGUUCAAGACCUGCUGGUAUGUGUCUCCUGAGUUCCGGCUGGUGGGUUCCCUGCUGCGACAAAAGUUCCAAUCUGCCGUCUUCAUCAACUCCCAGAACAAGAACAGUGGUGUGUUUAACCCACGUAUAGCAGCAGGGGCAGCCGGGUCGGAGCAUGGCAGGCCUCGGCGGCGCAGUCUCUCCAGGGAGUUGGUUUAUUUUGAGAAAUCCCCAGACUUUUGUGAACGUGAUGCAUCCGUGGACUCGCCUGGCACUCAGGGCCGUAUCUGCAACAAGAGUAGUCCAGGGAUGGACGCAUGCGACUCGCUGUGCUGUGGCCGCGGACACAACAUCCUGAGGCAGACGCGCAGUGAACGCUGCCACUGCCGCUUCCACUGGUGUUGCUACGUGCUGUGUGAUGAGUGCAGGGUCACAGAGUGGGUCAACGUGUGCAAGUGAACGUCCCUCUCCCUUGACCUAAUCAUCGGCUGGAGACAUUGGACAAGUGGGGGCGAAAGGCAUAAACCUUCAUCUCUCACACCAAGUGUGUGUUCAAGAGUAUCAAUUUAGCCACUUCUCCUUACAGCCCUCUCAUCUGGGUUCCAUUUGCUUUGUGUGGCUGUUGUUAUUCUACAAAUGCCAAGUCAACAGACUGAAGAGAGGAGUGACUCAUGUCAUUUGUCUUUGUUUCCCCUGUUUGGGCUCUUCAGCCAUGAAAAUGCCCCGAACACCAUCUGUGUUCUUCACAAUAACGAGGCACAACAGCAGGAAUGCAUUACUGCUGAAAAGGAAAGUCAAUGCCACCAUAUACAGUUAUGUGUAUAUUUGGAAAUGUGUGCUUAAUGAAAUGAUCUCGCCAUGACAAAUCUUUGCAAGUUGUGCUUAUGUUCUCUUAUAUGACAAAACUGGUACCAUAAGCCACACAGUUUCAGGGAGAACAGAAAAUGUGCCUUUUUGCCCACUUGGUUAAAUUUAAUGUAAAACCAGAAUGGUUGUGAAGUCAAUAAAACCUGUACCAAUGGUGGUUGUAGAAAUGCUUCUCAUAGGUUUGCCUUCAAUCUGAUUAGAAACAGCAAUAUUUAAUCUCUAUUGGGAUCUGCUUUACUGUAUUCGAGACCAAAAUUCAAGAUACUGCAAUGAAUAAAACAUUGCAUAAGGCCAUGUGUAGAAAAUUGCAGAAAGGAUAAUCAUCUUCCAAUGACACUGAGACAUUUUUUUUUUACUUUUAACUUUUAUAUAAAUUAUGAUUAGUGAGAAUCAUUAUAUGACAUGAAUUGUCCCUUUGUCCCCCUUCAGAAAAUGGUUCUGUGUUCAAAUUUACUUCAGAAAGCUAUUGUUUUUGGCAUAAGAUUUCAGGCUGGAAGUUUUGUUCUUGUACAGUGUCUCCAGAACCAAGAAUGUGUCUAGAGCACUGAGAUGAAUGAUAAAUUCGGGAAUUAAUCAGUAUCUUGCAGAGCGUGGCUCAAAGCGGGCAGCCUGGUCUCCUUCGAUGAUGACGAUUAUAAGAGUGAACAAGAUUGAAGAGGGGAACGACACCGGAUCAGCUGUAUGAACUUAACAGCUAGUUGACACUGCACCAUGUGACUUUUAGUGAUCUGUCACUAAAAAAAGACUGAAAGGAACACUGUGCUUUAACUCAACACAGACCCAGCUAAUGUCAAAGAAGUACUGAGAUGUUGGACAGUGCACGCUUUAAAUGCUGUAAAAAUGUGAAUAAACUAUAUGUUAUUUUAUAACA